UUUAGCAGUUAAUAUAUUAAGGAAUUAAAUACCUCACGUCAUUUGACAUCUGACAGCGCCACACCUGCAUUCAAAACAUUGGUUUUGUUUGUUUCUCUUUCGCGCGCUCAACUGUCAAGUUUGUUUGGAUUCCGUGAAGCGUUGGAAAAAAAGUGGUGAUGGAUAAAGUGAAAUUUACGGAGAAUGCAGAAAAGAUGUGAUCCGCUGAACGAUGGCUUUGCUGAGGGGAACGGAGAAUUAUUCUUUAAGCCCAACCUGUUCCACGCUCGGAUCGCACACAAUCUACGCCAAAAUCCCGUGUCCCCGCUGGACGAUGCCCAUCAGCCGGCUGCUGACCGAGAUGACCGGCCUAGAUUCGAGCGAGUACCAGCCGCACUGCUGGCCUCCCGGUAUCUGGUCACACAGCAAACGAAUAACGGUUCCGCUAAAAAGGACCUGGACGGUCCCAUUGAACCGGUUGUGAUAAAGCCGGCGGUGAAACGACCGGAAAUGAACGACGUUUGCCAGUGGAUGAUGACGGCGGGCCGGAUGGGCGGGCGGUGCCCUUUCAGAAGAACCUGGACAAAAGCAGCUGAUGCAGACGUGUUGCUUAAUGGGAAUGGGUGGACGCAGCAGCAGCGAAGCAAGAGGCAGAACAAUUUGGACGAGGAACGGCUACAGAUGGACGAAGCGGAGAUUUUUUCUUUAAGCAUGAACCCCACAUGGCAGAGUUGUUGCGGAUGAUUACGGUGGAACCUAUG